AUGAAAUAAUGGGAGAAUUAGAUUCCAAAUUGGUAAAGUACUUUAAACAACAAAAAUUAGAAAAGACAAAGAAAAAAGAUGCAAAAUGCCAAAGAAUUCAUUUUAAGCAUAAAAUUAUUGGACUAUUACGGAUUUUUAUUCGAUCCCAACCAACUAAUCCACUGAUUUUUGAAUUACUUAUUCCUUUGCUUGAACUUGCUAAGAAUGAAAAAACUGACGAAGUUGCAAAAAGUGCAUUCUCUCUUAUAAACUUUAGAAUCAGCAUAAAAGAUAUGCCCAACCAAUUCGACAAUGAUCGUGUACUUACUUUAUUACAACAAACUCAUAACAUGGCCUUAAAAGCUUGCUAUAGUAACUUUGCAGCUUUAUGUUGGAAAGUUGGUAACUUUUUACUCAAAUCUCUGAUAAAAUGCCAUAAAAACAAUUUGAACAAUGAUAUUGAGGGUGAGCACUUAAAUCAAGAUUUAAAAAAGCCUAUUAGUAUUUAUGAGUCUACAUAUGAGAAAUGGAUUAGAAAGUCCAGUUGCUUGAAUAUGAAAUCAUUUUCAGAGUUGCCAAAUCAUGUACCUCAAAUUUCAUGGUAUCUAUCAAAUAUUUUCCUCGGAUUUACUGAUCCAAAAACAGCAAAGAAUCCUAAGAAAGUCAUGAUUGCAUAUGAUAUUUCAUCAUCUAUUUUUAAAAAUGCUAUUCCGAAAAAGAAACAGGAACCAGUGAAUAACAGUGUUAUAAACGCACUUGUGCAGAGAUCACGAGAGUCCCUUAAAUCUAUAAUCCAAUUUGUAUCACAAGAUUUGCAAUGUGGAGAGAAACAUUUCGAUUCUCAAACAUUGAAAUCAGUGAUGAGAUUUGCCAUUCUAGUGAUGAGGAGAACAAGUUUUAACGUAUCGAAAGACAAGAUCAAAAGUACAUGGGAUGCAGAUCAACUUCAACCUUUAUUAAAAAAUAUCAGAGAGCUUCCAAGAUACAAAUCUUCACAAGUAAUUAUGAAUCAUAUUAAUGAAAUAAUUAAUAUUAUUUCGUGA